AUGCCCCACUUCCACAAGGACUGGCAGCGUCGCGUACGCACGCACUUUGACCAGGCUGGCAAGAAGGCUUCCCGCCGUACUGCCCGUCAGGCCAAGGCCGCUGCUCUGGCUCCCCGCCCCGUCGACAAGCUCCGUCCCAUUGUCCGAUGCCCUACCAUCAAGUACAACCGCAAGGUCCGCACCGGCCGCGGUUUCACUCUGACUGAGCUCAAGGUACGAAAUACACCAGCAAGCCCGCAAAUCGCCAUCCAUUCUCUCGCGCAACCCCAACCAACGACGAAAGAUUCCGAGUGCUGGCAAGAAACUGCUCGCCAUACGACGGAUGACAAUCUUGAACUCGAGUGGGAUAGCGAGGCUGGUAUUGCCCGUCCCCUCGCUCCCACCAUCGGUAUCGCCGUCGACUUCCGCCGCCAGAACCUUUCCGAGGAGUCCCUGGCUCUCAACGUCGCCCGCCUGAAGGCCUACAAGGAGCGCCUCAUCCUGCUUCCCCGCAAGUCCAACGCCCCCAAGAAGGGCGACACCAAGACGGACCUCUCCAAGGUCAACACGGCCGCCACCGUCGCCUCCGUCCUCCCCGUCACCCCCACCGACCUCGGCGUCAAGGAGAUCAAGAAGGGCGACAUGCCCGCCCCCGUCAAGGGCGGCGCCUACGUGGCCCUCCGCCAAGCCCGCUCCGCCAAGCGCUACCAGGGCGCCCGCGAGAAGCGUGCAAAGGACAAGGCCGAGGCAGACGGUGCGAAGAAAUAA